AUGAUGCGAUUACAACCAUUUAACUUCAAAGUCAUUUACCGCAAAGGAUCCUUAAACGAAGCUGACUACUUAAGUAGACAUCCAGCUGUUAUAGAGAGAGAACAAAUAACGAGUACAUCAGCAGAAGAAUAUGUGAACUAUGUAACUAACUGUUCAGUUCCAAAGUCAAUGACACUUGACGAGAUUAAAAAAGCAACCCAUAACGAUCCAGUAUUACAAAAAGUUAAGAAAUGUCUGAAAGAGGGAAAAUGGGAUGAGAACGAUCCUGAUCUUAAACCGUUUAGACUUUGCGCCGACGAACUUACGUACAAUGCAUCAGCAGAUGUACUGUUGAAGAACACACGGCUGGUCAUUCCAACAACAUUACAAGAAAGAGCAACAAAAUUAGGUCAUAUCGGGCAUCAGGGAAUUGAGAAAACGAAAAGCCUACUACGCGAAAAGAUCUGGUACCCAAAUAUGGACAAACGAGUGAAAGAAAUGGUAGACAAAUGCAUUCCUUGCCAAGCAGUAGGUCACGGUAAUAACCCGGAGCCAAUGAAAAUAACUCCAACCGAAGACAAACCAUGGACUAGUGUAGCAAUCGACUUCUAUGGUCCAGUACCCCGAACUGGUCAAUACCUGCUAGUGGUUAUCGAUACCUACUCAAAAUUCCCAGAGGUAGAAAUAGUCAACUCAACCGAAGCAAAAACAUGCAUACCAAAAUUAGAUACGAUAUUUGCCAGAUAUGGAAUACCAUCAAAAAUAAAAACUGACAAUGGACCCCCAUUUAAUGGGAAAGAAUUUGAAACAUACACUAAAACCCUUGGUAUUGAAUGGAAAACAAUUACACCACUAUGGCCUCAGGGUAAUGCCGUCGUAGAAAGAUUUAUGAAACCAAUCGGAAAACCAAUCUCAAAAACUGCAAAGGUUUCUACUUCAAUACCGUUCAACUCCUCAUCAAACUACUAAAGUCGCUCCGUGUGAACUACUUUUUAACAGACAAAUUCGGGGAUAUUUACCAGAACUCACAAGGAAAAGAGUAGUUAAUAGACACAAGAGGGCGAAGCAGAACUUGGAGCAGAAGAAAGAAGAGAACAAAGAGUACUACGACCGAAACAAAAGAACAAAGGAAGCUGGGAUAAAAAAGGGUGACAUCGUCAUUUGCAAACAGAAGAAGAACAACAAGUUAACAUCAAAGUUUGACCCAGAACAUUAUACGGUAGUAUAACGUAAGUACAACACCAUCAUAGCUAAAAGAGAUGGUAAGACGGUGACAAGAAACGUUUCACACUUUAAGAAGGUAGUAAUGGAGGAAAGCGAGGAGGAGCAGGAAGAUACAGCACCAGGAAGAUACAGCACCGGGAAGACCGACGGAAACAGAGGAACCACCAAAGCAAGAACCAAGUGUAAGGAGAUCAACAAGAAUGAAAAGACCGGUAAUACGAUAUCAGUACCAGACUUGAUGUUAUAA